AUGGCCAAACUUAAUGGACAGCGUGAUACAAUGCAACUACCCUCGAUAUUUGGGACAAGAGAAGCUAUGAUAGGCAUUGGAGUAUUCCUCUGCUUGGCUUUAGUAUCAAUUCCAAUUGUACUCGUCGUUUCUUUGGUUCCUCUCUAUUUGAGCAACAAUGCAGUAGAUGGUGGAAAAAGUAGUAGUAGUAGUAGUACGUCACUUACUACAUUCGAACAACAAGCAUUAGAUGCAACAAAUCAAUAUCGUACAUCUCAUUGUGCUCCUGCUUUGACCUAUGAUCAAAAUUUGAAAAAAAUCGCACAAACUUAUGCUCAGAAAUUAUGCGAUACAAAUACUUUUGCUCAUAGUGGAAAUACGUAUCAAGGACAAGCAUUAGGAGAAAACUUAUGGCAAAUUAGUUCGUCAAGUCCAAUGACUACAAGUUCUUUAAAUGGUGCCGAUCCAGUUGCUGCAUGGUAUAGUGAAAUAAGUUCUUACAAUUUUGCUUCGCCUGGUUUCUCGUCAGCGACAGGACAUUUUACUCAAUUAGUUUGGAAAUCAACAACUUCAUUUGGUAUUGGUGUUUGUUGUACAUCAGCUGGUACAACAUGUAUUGCUGUUGCUAAUUAUAUUUCUGCGGGAAAUGUUGCUGGUCAAUUUCCUCAGAAUGUUCUUCCAACUUCAUGCAGUGGAUAA